AUGCUUCGCUUUGCUCGAAGGAGUGGUGGACAGCACGCGGUAGGGCAGCUGGCGACGGCCUCCCUGCCCUCUACCAUCAUCGCGCAUGCCUCGCCAGCGUUGGCGUGCGGUUCGUCGUUGGUCCAGACGACCUGGGGCCGACGACACUAUGCCUCGGCCUCGUCGCCCACCAAGCCUACCAAGUCCAAGCUGCCCUACCGCCCCAUCCACAAGCUGCUCGUCGCCAACCGAGGCGAGAUCGCCAUCCGGGUGAUGCGAGCAGGCACGGAGCUGGGAAUACGCACCGUCGGCAUCUACUCCCACCAGGACGAGAAGCAGAAGGCCGAUGAGUCCUACGAGGUGGGUAAGGGCAUGAGCCCCGUGGAGGCCUAUCUCAGCAUCCCCGAGAUGGUCCGAGUGGCCAAGGAGGUGGAGGCCGACGCCAUCCACCCGGGCUACGGCUUCCUGUCGGAGAGUGGUGACUUUGCCCAGGCCUGCCUGGAUAACAACAUCAGAUUCAUCGGACCUGCACCUGAAGUGGUCCGCUCCAUGGGCGACAAGGUGUUCGCUCGUCAGAUGGCGAUCGCCUCCGGAGUGCAGGUGGUGCCUGGCACCGAUGCUCCGGUUUCUACCGUUGAAGAGGCGGAACUGUUCUGCAAUAAGUUUGGGUUCCCAGUCAUCCUGAAGGCCGCGUUCGGUGGAGGCGGGCGCGGCAUGCGUGUGGUACACGCCCGCGAGGAACUGCAUGACGCCUUUGAGCGCGCCACUUCUGAGGCCAAGUCCGCCUUCGGCAACGGCUCCAUGUUCAUCGAGCGUUUUGUCCAAAACCCGCGCCACAUCGAGGUCCAAGUCCUGGGCGACAGGACUGGUCAGGUGGUGCACUUGCACGAACGGGAUUGCUCCGUCCAGAGGAGACACCAGAAGGUGGUCGAGGUCGCCCCGGCUCCCUUCCUCGCCGAUGACAUCAGGCAGAAACUGUUCUCCGACGCCGUCAAGCUGGCCACGUAUGCCGGAUACGAAAACGCCGGCACUGUGGAAUUCCUCGUGGACGAGCAAGGUCGUCACUACUUCAUCGAAGUGAAUGCGCGCCUGCAGGUGGAGCACACCGUGACGGAGGAGAUCACGGGCGUGGAUCUGGUGCAAUCGCAGAUCCGCAUCGCCGAGGGCCUCACGCUGCAGGACUUGAACCUCACGCAGGACAAGAUCCACGUCAACGGCGCCGCCAUCCAGUGCCGCGUCACCACCGAAGACCCCUACCACAACUUCCGGCCCGACGUGGGCCGCAUCGAUGUGUUCCGCACGGGCGAGGGCAUGGGCAUCCGACUUGACGGCGGCAACAGCUACUCGGGCGCAACCAUCUCGCCCUACUACGAUUCCCUCCUGGUGAAGGUGACCGGCAAGGCGAGAAACCACGAGGAGGCGGCCAAGAAGCUGCAGCGCGCUCUGAACGAGUUCCGCAUCCGAGGUGUGAAAAACAACAUCCCCUUCCUGCAAAACGUGCUCUCGCACCCGAAGUUUCUGGCGGGCGGCGUCAACACGAGCUUCAUCGAUACCAUCCCCGAGCUUUUCCAGUUCCACGAGACCCAGAACAGAGCGUCGAAGAUCUUGAACUUCCUGGCCAACGUGCAUGUGAACGGGUCUCUCACUCCGCUGGGAACCUCCAACAAGCCCGCGAAUAUAACUCCGCAAGCACCAGACGUGCCUCACACCGAUCCGCCGCAGGGAUGGCGCAGCAUCUUCCUGGAGAAGGGCCCGAAUGAGUUCGCCAAGGCCGUGCGCGCCCACAAGACCCUCUUGCUGACCGACACCACCAUGCGCGAUGCCCACCAGUCCCUGCUGGCCACCCGCGUGAGAACCAAGGACCUCCUCACCAUCGCCCCCGCCACAGCCCAUCUUAUGGCGCCCCUCUACAGUUUGGAGAUGUGGGGCGGUGCCACGUUCGAUGUGGCGCUGCGCUUCCUCCGCGAGUGCCCGUGGGAGCGGCUGCAGAGGCUGCGCGAGGCCGUGCCCAACAUUCCGUUCCAGAUGCUCCUGCGCGGAGCCAAUGCCGUGGGCUACACCAACUACCCGGACAACGUCGUCCACAGGUUCUGCCGCGAGGCCAAGACCAACGGAAUCGACGUCUUCCGCGUCUUUGACUCCCUCAACUACUUCCCCAACAUGGAGCUCGGUAUCGAUGCUGUGGGCAAUGCUGGCGGUAUUGUCGAAGCGGCGAUCUGCUACACGGGCGACGUCACCCGUGGUCUCACCGAGAAGGACUACAAGUACAACCUGGACUACUACGUCGACUUUGCCGAGAAGCUGGUGAAGAGGCACAUCCACGUGCUCUGCAUCAAGGACAUGGCUGGGCUGCUUACGCCCCAAGCUGCGCGUCUCCUGAUCGGCACUCUGCGCGAAAAGUUCCCCGAGGUGCCGAUUCACGUGCACACGCACGACACUUCCGGCGCCGGUGUUGCGGCCAUGGUGGCCUGUGCCGAGGCCGGCGCCGACGUGGUGGAUGCCGCCAUCGACUCCAUGUCCGGCAUGACGUCCCAGCCCUCCAUGGGUGCCCUCGUCGCAUCCCUCAAGGGUACUCCGCAUGACACCGGCCUGAAGAUGGACCAACUGUAUCCCAUCAACAACUACUGGGAGCAAGCUCGCACGCUCUACGCACCCUUCGAGUGCACGACCACCAUGAAAGCAGGAAGCUCUGACGUGUACGAGCACGAGAUUCCUGGUGGGCAGUACACCAACCUCCACUUCCAGGCCUAUUCGCUCGGCCUUGCUCACCAGUGGCCCUCGAUCAAGAAGGCCUACGCCCAGGCCAACAGACUGCUCGGGGACAUCGUCAAGGUGACGCCGAGCUCGAAGGUGGUGGGCGAUCUGGCGCAGUUCAUGGUGCAGAACAAUCUGGACGAGGAGAGCCUGCUGGAGAAGGCCGAGGAGCUCAACUUCCCCUCGUCGGUGGUGGAGUACUUCGAGGGCCUCAUAGGUCAGCCGCCCGGCGGCUUCCCCGAGCCGCUCCGCACCAAGGUGCUCAAGGGCAGGCCGUCGACCAACGGCCGAGCCGGGGAGUCGCUGCCGCCCCUCGACUUCCACAAGCUGAAGCGCGAGCUGAUCGAAAAGCAUGGCAAGUACCACAUCAGCGAACUCGACGUGUUCGAUGAGUACAUGGACUUCAAGCGCCUGUACGGGAAUGUGUCAUCGCUGCCGACCCGAAACUACCUCACCGGCCCGGAGGUGGGCGAGGAGAUCAAGGCCGACAUCGAGCCCGGCAAGUCGCUCCACAUCAUGCUCAAGGCCGUGGGCGCGCCCAACGCCGACCACAAGCGCGAGAUGUUCUUCGAGCUCAACGGGCAGCCGCGGUCGGUCUUUGUCGAGGACAAGAAGGCCACGGCCAAGGAGGGCGCCGGCCACGCCGGGUCCAGCAAGUCGCGGGAGAGGGCCGACCCCUCGAACAAGAAGCUGGUGGGUGCCCCCAUGCCCGGCUCGAUAGUGGGCGUCAAGGUGAAGGACGGCCAAGAGGUGAAGAAGGGUCAGCCGCUGCUUGUGCUGUCGGCCAUGAAGAUGGAGACCGUCGUGGCGGCCCCUGCCGACGGCAAGGUCAAGCGUAUCAUCGCCAAGCAGGGCGACUCCAUGACCGCCGGCGAUCUGCUGGUGGAGAUGGAGUGA